GAGAAGGCGGGACUUCCGGUAUAAGUUCCGCCGCUGCAAUGGAGCAAGAGGAGGAAGCGAGAGCAGUGCCCGUGGAUGACAUCAGCAAGCUGCGUAUCACCAACUUGUGGACUAUCCUGUUGUCAGUUCAAUGGUCAGAGCCAUGGCUGAUUGGGCUGAUAACUUUUCACAUUCUCUGCUUCAUCCUAACUCUGACAACAAUCAGAUUCUACAGACUACAGAUUGCCCAUUUCCUUUUUAUGAUUGUGUUAGUAUACUGUGCAGAAUACAUCAAUGAAAUGGCUGCAAUGAACUGGAGAUUAUUUUCUUUGUAUCAGUAUUUUGACUCCAACGGCAUGUUUAUUUCUCUCGUCUUUUCAACUCCACUUCUGCUGAAUACAAUGAUCAUUGUGAUCAUGUGGGUAUAUAGAACAUUGGCAGGAAUGACAGAACUGAAGUCACUGAAGCAGAAGAAGAAAGCAAACAGAGAACAGGGCAAGAAAACCUCAUAAGCCUGUUUAUGUAGCUUUGGGUUUCUUUAAGCCUCUCUGAUUCACCUGGAGCUUUCCCAUUUUCUGUUGGACAAAGUCAGUCUGAAUACAGGUUCAAAUUUAUUAUCGUGCAUGUUGAUGUCAUGAUAUUUUUUAACAGCAGUGCAGUACAUUGGGGAGAUGUUACAACAUAAGAAAUAGAAACAAGUGUGGGUUAUUGAGCCUCUUGUGCUUGCCUUAAUCAUUCCAUAAGGUCAUGAUUGGUCUUGCAAUCAAGAAGUAGCAUAAUUAUAAGUUGUUGACUAGACACAUGCUGACUUUAAUACUACAUCUGGUCAAUGAAUGAAUGAUAUUAUGAACUUUUCACCAGUGGUGUAUGGGCACAAGAUAUGUGUCAAUAAAUAUUAAGUAGCAUGGCUGAUUCUGUUAGUUAUCCAAUUAAAGCUGAACUUUUGUCUCAUCAUUGAGGGAAUUGGAGCAGUUUACAUUUUGAGACUGCCAGAGGAGUGCCUUAGUAUUUAAAACCCUUUGUGUAGUCAAUGUACAGUGAAAACUAAAUAGCUUUUGCCCCAACCCCAAGAAGAGUGCUUAGUUGUUUGUAUGAGUUCUGACAUAAGACAGCUAAGUACGAAUCCUGGGCUCUUUUUUAAAAUUUUUAAUCUUCUGUACAUUUUUUUAAACUGAAACUGGCAUUUUAUUAAAUCACAUUCUUGUAACUUU